AAGCCAUCAGUCUGCUCCACGCGGUGACAGGAGCAGGACCACCUGGCUCUCCUGCUCUCUAUUUCCCCGCAUUUCCGUGCGUUAUUUAAGACGUGAUAGCUCUCUAUAACAGCCAGUGUGGACGCUGACAUCAUGGCCGACUACUUGAUAUGUGGAGGGACGAGCUACGUGCCCGAGGACGGCAACACUGGGGCACAAUUGUUCGCUACGGGAGAUGGCUUAACAUAUCACAGUAGUCACCGGCAGGUGGAACAUAAUGAGCAAUGGCUCAGUGGAAAGCCGAGAGGUAAAUAUGUCACCCUGCCUCGGUGGGAGACGGCCGACUUGUUGAAGAAAAAAAAAAAAAAAAAAAAAAAAGUUAUAUAUGUAAGACAUGUUUUUUUCCAGCUUUGUGGAGGGAUAGGAAUCAUCCACCACAACUGUUCUCCAGAGUUCCAGGCACAAGAGGUGAUGAAAGUGAAAAAAUAUAAACACGGCUUCAUUCGAGACCCCGUCUGUCUUACUCCGCAUCAUAGGGUUUUGGAUGUAUUUAAUGUAAAAAAAAAACACGGAUUCGGCGGUAUUCCAAUCACAGAAGAUGGCAAGAUGGGCACUAGAUUGCUUGGUAUUGUCACAUCCAGAGAUAUAGACUUCUUGGACCCAAAUUCCGACAAACUGCUGUCUGAAAUCAUGACCCCAUUUGACGACCUGGUAACUGCCCCAGCAGGGGGCAGUCUUGACAAAGCUAAUGAGAUAUUACAGCGAUCUAAGAAAGGUAAAAUAAAGGUGGUGGGAAUUGUUAGAAUGACUAUUGUCUUAAAUAUGGAGAGUAACAAAUACUGUAGUUUUCAGUCUUGUUCUCUUUGUUUUUCUUUUCCAACAAAUCGGCCAUCUCCCUGGAUAAGCUCGACUAGAAUUAUUAUCACCCCCGGAGUUGAUGUCGUCGUCUUGGAUUCAUCACAAGGCAACUCGAUAUAUCAGAUUAAUCUGAUUCGUUAUAUCAAAACAACCUAUCCGGAGCUACAAAUAAUUGGCGGCAAUGUGGUGACAGCCGCCCAGGCGAAGAAUCUAAUUGAUGCAGGAGUAGACGGUCUGCGUGUGGGUAUGGGGUCGGGGUCCAUUUGUAUUACACAAGAAGUGAUGGCAGUCGGCAGACCUCAGGCAACUGCUGUCUACAAGGUUGCAGAAUACGCCAGACGAUUUGGCGUGCCAGUCAUGGCAGAUGGUGGAAUCUCAUCCGUUGGGCAUAUUAUAAAGGCUUUGGCACUCGGGGCAUCUACAGUGAUGAUGGGGUCAAUGUUGGCUGGUACUUCUGAAGCUCCAGGAGAAUAUUUCUUCAGUAAUGGAGUCCGUCUUAAGAAGUAUCGAGGCAUGGGCUCGCUAGAAGCAAUGGAACGCAAGGAUACUCAGGGAUCUGCAGCUGACCGCUACUUCCAUGGGGAAGGUGAUGGUAUCAAGGUGGCCCAGGGUGUGAGCGGCUCCAUUGUAGAUAAGGGCUCCAUUUUACACUUCCUUCCUUACCUAGUAUGUGGUAUUCAACAUAGCUGUCAAGAUAUAGGUUCGAAAUCUUGUUCUAUGCUCAGAUCCAUGAUGUAUGCUGGUGAACUCAAAUUCGAGAAGCGGACAAUUUCAGCACAGCGAGAAGGCAGCGUACACAGCCUAUAUUCACAUGAAAAAAGGCUCUUUUAGACUUAAAUUAAACACUUUAAAUUUGUAAACUACAGGUAUAUUAUUAAUGACUUUUAUAAUUGACUGUAAUAAAGGUUAAUCUUUUUUUUAUUAAGUGUACCAGUAAUGACUAUUUUGUAAUUGGCUGUAAUUAAGGUUAAUCUUAUUUUCAUUGUUCAAGUGUACCAGUAAGGUAGGAUGUGUUAUAUUCUAUAAUAGGUAAUUUUCUUUAGGCUUUCAUUGGUGGUAUUAUUAAGACUUGAUCGUUGUUGAUUUCUUGGUAAAAAUGAGUGUUGGGUUGAUGGUAGGUGUGGUAGUCAGCGACUCCAGCAACUGUAGGUUGCAAUCUCAGUAGUGCUUGUUACAUGUGCAGUUUACCUCAUCAGAUUAUGUAUGUGCACAGUGGCAGGUGUUUAGAAGAGCCAGAACCACAUUUUGAGAACUUUUACACCGCUGUGUGUUAAUAAAUGGCUACUGGACGCUCCAUUGUGAUAGUUUUCUGCAAACCCUUUUUUUUCCUAUCAAGAUCAUUAUAUUUUCUUUUAUGAAAGGAGUGUGUGUGUGUGUAUAUAUAUAUACAUACUCUGUAUGGAACCCAAGAAAGCCACAGAAUUCCAAUGACCACUCCAAACUACAAUCAGAGAUAUAACAUAAGAACAAAGGAACACUGCAGAAGGCCUACUGGCCCAUGCGAGGCAGGUCCAAGUCUCCUACCGGCUUAAGCCAAUGCACCCAACCUAGUCAGGUCAGGUCACAUUGACUUAAGGGAGGAACACGGCAACCGACCUGGUAGCACAAGCUAUCAGGUCUAACUCACACCCACCCACAUCUACUCAUGUAUUUAUCCAACCCAUUUUUAAAGCUACACAACGUUCUGGCCUCUAUAACGGUACUUGGGAGUUUGUUCCACUCAUCCACAACUCUAUUACCAAACCAGUACUUUCCUAUAUCCUUCCUGAAUCUGAAUUUUUCCCAAACCUUAAAACCAUUGCUGCGAGUCCUGUCUAGGCUAGAUAUUUUCAGCACACUGUUUACAUCUCCUUUAUUUAUUCCUGUCUUCCAUUUAUACACCUCAAUCAUAUCCCCCCUAAUUCUACGUCUUUCUAGAGAGUGCAGUUUCAGGGCCCUUAGUCUCUCCUCAUAGGGAAGGUUUCUGAUACAUGGGAUCAACUUUGUCAUCCUCCUUUGUACAUUUUCCAGAAAUUUAUAUCCAUUCUGUAAUACGGUGACCAAAACUGUGCAGCAUAAUCUAAAUGAGGCCUAACCAAGGAUGUAUAGAGUUGAAGAACAACCUGAGGACUCCUAUUAUUUAUGCUUCUUGAUAUGAAGCCA